AUUUCAACUUGCAAAGCGCACUAAUCAAAAGUUUACCUUGUAAUCACUGUUUAGUGGUCAUGGAUACUAAGAAAAUACAGGAUGAUACAAACACAUUUUUUGGCCGAUUUUCGCAGAUUAUUGAAGAGGCAUUUGGUACUACCGAACGAACAACUUACAGUCCUGAUCUAGCUGAGUUAAUGAAAGAAGGUGAAAAACGGAGAAACUGGGCGGUGAGCAUUUUGGCACAACUUGAAAAUGUGAUUCAACCGAAUCCAGCCCUACGAAUUGAAGAUCUUAUACUUAGAGGAAUGAAUAGGGAGAAAGUUCGCCUGAGUGCUAAUGAACAGUUGGGUGAAAGUAUGGAUCGUAUUAGUAGCCUAAUUAAUGAAAACUCACGAUAUGGUUCAUCAGGUGAUGCACUUAAGAAAUGUGCAAUGGCUCAAAUGGAAAUUGGACAAUCUGAAAGAAAAUUGCAAGAAACUGUCACUUCAGAAUACAUUAAAUGGUUACGCUCUUACAUAGCGUCUGAAGCCAAAUUAGCAAAACAAGAACGAGAAAAAUUGGAAAAUGCUCGAUUGGAUUUAGAUCGUAUUAAAACAUCAAAGAAACGUGCAAAAGAUAACAAACAACAUACAUUUGAUCAAUCGUUGAAAGAUGCCGAAUCAGCAUUCAAUAUUCAGUGUGAAACCACUAGACGUUGUUUACAAGAAAGCAUAGACAAAUUUGACUCACAAAAAGAAGAGUUGAAAAAACUUUUAAAAGCUCAAUCGGAACACUUUAGAGUGUGUUCAGAUGCAGUGGAAUCGGCAUUACGUGCGAUCUAAAAAAAACAACCGUAAACUCAAACUAAUUCAAAAAGAAGAAUGAAGACGCUGAUGGUCCUUCUUUAAUAAUAAUAUUAGUAAUAAUAAAAUGAAUGGGUUUCUGCUAAUGUUUCUCAACAUUUAUAUCGUUUUAUCAUUUCGUAUUUACAAACUACUUAUAUUUCUACUUAAAUAUCUGUGAUACAUUUAGAAUUUAUUUUGAAUGUCACUUUUUCAUACAUUUUUUUCUUUAACAAUUACUUGUGUUGUUUCAUAACGUUUUCAUACGUAUAAAACAAGAAAAAGGCAGAAUAAAUGUUGAUUUCCUCCGUG